AUGAAAGGUAGGAACGCAGCAAAAGUGGAGCCGGUGUCCUGGGAAGAGCGCAUCAUGAAGAACUGCCAACAGAUAUACAUGGAUACAGACAACGGAUUAAUAGCAAUAGCUCAGUCUGUUGGCAUGACUCUGGUGCCUCCCAGGAAGAAGAUCACCGUGAUGUUGAUUGGGAACCACUCAGCUGGAAAACGAUCCUUCGUCAACUGGUAUAUAGAGGACCAAAUCCUCUUCAAGGCGCAGGCCUUCACUUUUGUGACUAGUGGGUGUGAGAGAAAGUCUCUUACGAGCAAUGAAACCUUCCAGAUGUAUCCACACUUUAAGCCACUUCAGGAGGUUAAAGGUGUGUCUGAAUACGUUGGCACUGAGAUCUGCACUUCUCAGCAGAAGCAUUUCAGUUUGGUGACUUUUGUGAACACUCCAGGACUGGUGGAUGGAGAUACGAAGUAUCCCUUUGAUGUGGACCAGGCCAUCCUUCAGCUAGGUGAUGUGUGCGAUUUGAUCCUGGUCUUCUUCGACCCCAUGGGACAGGCUCUGUGCAAACGCACACUUAACAUCGUGGAGCAACUCAACGAAAAGCAGGGAGAUCGACUCCGCUUUUACCUCAGCAAAGCUGACGAAGCUGGAGGAGAGUCAGACAGACAGAGAGUGAUGAUGCAGAUUGUGCAGGAGUUGUGUAAACAUCCAGGACUUAACAAGUGUGGCUUUGACAUGCCUACAAUCUACAUCCCCAAUCCCAACAAGCCUAGUCUAUGUGUCAAUCAGAUUGAGGAGGUGUGUCACACCAUACAGGAGACCAUCAAACAGACUGUACAGAACACACAGAACACGCUGAUGAAGGACUGUGAUCUCGUCUGUGAGGCUGUUACUGACACGCUCAGCAAUGACCAGCAGUAUUUUCAGGAGAAAAGGAAAGCCUGGCGUUUGAGCUGCUCCCUGGGCCUGCUGGGCUUCAGCAUACAGAUGCUCUUUAUUUUGAUGCUGGGAAUCCUUUACAGGGACCUGCUGGAACAGGCACUGGGUAUUUAUGGUGUAGAGACACUGUUGAUCUAUCUGGCUCCAGUGAUGAUGGUGCUUGAUUUGAUGCCAGUGCAAUUUCAGCUCAUUACUUGUGGUUUUUUGAUGGAACUCUCUGUAAUUCUCAACAUCCUUGCUUUCCUCCUUUUUCAAACUAAGCCGACUCUCUCCAGAAAACAAAAGAGAGAGUUGCAGGAAAAACUGGAAUAUGUGCAGCAGGUCGUGAAAACUAAAAAGGAACUAACUCCAGGGUUUGGAGUUCUACCUCCACCACCAUCAACUCUUUCUCUGGCUCCUGGUGUAGGCCCACUAGUUUCCCCGCCCUCUCCUGCACCAAAGCCUGAAAAAGUUAAGAGAAGAAAGUUCCAGCCGCAGCCCAACUUGGAUGAUGAGCCUCAGUUAGAGGUGAGGCAUGAGGCACAAACAGCCAGAGAUGGGGGACUCGACACAUAG